GACCGCAUGCUAUGGUUGUUCGGAGAUUCUUCGAAUUCACGAUCUUAAAGUCAUAUGAUUCACAGCAAAUAUAGCAACAAAUAUCUCAAUUGGUAUUUUCCAAAGCCACGAAACGCGCAUUGAGUUUGGAGCGAUAUCUGAAGUGAAGAUUGAAGACGUGAUAGAAGAUGGACGACUACUGCUAUGCUAAGAUGGCGACGUCCGCUAAAAGAGAACAUGAAAGAGAAUCAGCGCCACCAACUUCCAGCAAAUCACCAACGGAGAUAAAGACGAAAGAUGAAGACGUCCAGCAGCUGAUCGGUAAUCCAGAAGAAGUUUCCCCUCAGUUAGGGGGGAGCUCCACUUUGAAGCAGGAGACUCCACAACCACCCUGCAUUAAAAAGGAAGAGGAGGAACUCUGCAUCACUCAGGAGGGAGAGUGUCUUCUAGGACGAGAGGAAGCUGAUUACACCAAGUUUCCACUGAGUAUUCUCUCUGUGAAGACUGAAGAUGAUGAAGAGAAACCACAAGAAGACAACAUCUUAGCUCCAUUAUCAGAUAGUGAGGCUGAAGACGAGGUUGAAGAACCUUUGAGCAGAGAUAAAGACUGUGAAGGUGAUAUGAGGACUCACACUGACAACAAACACUCUGAAUGCUCUACAAAGAAGAGAGGUAAAACAUGUUUGAGCUGCUCAGUUUGUGCUAAAAGUUUUACUAAAAAGAGCAAUUUGACUCAACACAUGAGAACACACACAGGAGAAAAACCAUUGAAUUGUUCAGUUUGUGGCAAAAGCUUUUCUCGAAAUAGCGAUUUGACUAAACACAUGAGAACACACACAGGAGAAAAGCCAUUCACGUGUUCAGUUUGUGGCAAACGCUUUUCUCGAAAUGGCAAUUUGACUAAACACAUGAGAACACACACAGGUGAAAAACCAUUGAAUUGUUCAGUUUGUGGCAACAGAUUUUCUCACAAUAGCAAUUUGACUCAACACAUGAGAACACACACAGGUGAAAAACCAUUUAAUUGUUCAGUUUGUGACAAAAGCUUUUCUACUAAGGGCAUAUUGACUACACACAUGAGAACACACACAGGUGAAAAACCAUUUAACUGUUGGAUUUGUGGUGAAAACUUUUCUAUUAAGAAGCAUUUGACUGAACACAUGAGAACACACACAGGUGAAAAACCAUUCAGUUGUUCAAUGUGCUGUAAAAGGUUCACACAUAAAGCAGAUGCAGUAAAACACACAAGAACACACAAGGGAAAAUAACAAAUUAUCUGUUUAGUUUGUGGUAUGUUGCUCAUAUGUGGUGACAUCCACCCUACCCAGGACCUCCUCACUGCUUCUUUCACAAAUAUCUGAGGUAUUCAUACAAACUUGGAUUAUUUGGAGCAUAAUCUUAUCCACUCAUGACCCCAUGUCUUCUCUGUAUCUGAAACCUUCCUGAACAGUAAGAUAGAUGAUGCUUCAAGUGCUUGGUUACUCCUUCUUCAGUCCAGGGACCUGGGGCCUCAUGUGUCAAGUUUGUGCACGCUCAAAAACCUGCACUACACCCUUUUUCACUGCAAAGUUGAGAUGUAUCAAAACUGACGUUGACGCAUAAGUGAUGCUGGGUAACUGUUUGCAUAACAAACUGCCAACUUUUACUCCUCAGACUGGUUGAUGUGCAAAUCAGAGACUUAUGAACAAUUAACCCCCAACACCCACAACCCAACCCCCACCUCCCUCGACAUUCGGGCAUAACAGGUUCAAUCCGGCCCGUGAGAUGAGUUUGCGAAGUGUAAAAUUCAGCUGCAUUUUUAAUGAAAGAAACUGCUGUUCUAAUUGUGUCCACUGGAUGUCGCAAUAGCAAUUCUGUUAGGCAAGCAAAUAGUUUAUACCGGGGCGAGCAAGUAUACCAAGCAAGAGGUAGAUGGUAAAGCGGGGCUGUGACUCCUCCCCCUCCACCCAACGUACAACAGGAGUAAAAUAAGCAAUCAGUAACCCCACUUAAAAUGCAGCAUGAGACACUGCACACUGAUAUAGUUCUGUGAAAAUGAUUGUCUUCUGUGCAAAUGUAAAGAAAGUGAACAGUGUGUGAUUUACUGCAAUACUGUCAGUCUUUUCACUUUUUAUUUGUGCUUUGUUGAAAUUGUUCACACAUUGCACAGCUUUUAUUUUUCUAUCAAUACACAUUAUGUCUAGAAGACAGGAAGUAACUCAACACUCUUGAAUAGUUUCUACCUCAGUGUGUAUGGUUUGUUGAGUUAGCACAGGAUUAAUAUAUGGAAAUGACAAAUGAGGUAGUUGAUACAUAGAAUAGUUUUUAUUCAUGCUUUAUUUUGUUUUUUGUUCAAUCCUAGAUGGGUUGUGACUUAGACUUAAUCUCAGUGUUUCUAUUAAACUAAGUUCAUUGUGUUGUUCAAGGUGUUUUUGAAAAUCCACCAUUUUUUUCCUCUAAAUGUUCAACUAACUUGAAGUGUUUUGUCAAG